CGACCGUUAUGUGUGUCUGUGCCAAACUUAUCAAAAAGAGUGUAAUAUAUAAUAAAUUUGACUUUUCUUUCAGGUUAUGGUGCAAGGCAUACCUUCACAAUUUUAACAUUUAUCGGAAAAUUCCACCUGUAUACCCUUCGCUUUAACCUUAGCGUUGCCAUAGUUGCCAUGACAAACUACACAGAUUCUAAAUCCGUUAAUAACACCUAUAACGAUGUGUGUCCUGGGACGAGUAUAAACAAUACAAAGACAACAACCAAUCAGGCUGCAGAAUUUGACUGGGACGAGAGUACACAAGGGAUUCUUCUCAGCUCCUUUUUCUACGGAUACAUUGUAACCCAAAUUCCAGGAGGGUUCUUGGCCAGAACAUUCGGAGGGAAACGUGUUUUUGGAUACGGAGUGUUGAUAACAGCCAUUCUGUCCUUGGUAACCCCUGUGGUUGCUAGGGUCGGAACAUGGGCACUGAUUAUCGUCAGGGCUGCUGAAGGAUUAGCUGGGGGAAUGACAUUCCCAGCUAUUGCUGAAAUGCAAGGGAAAUGGACACCAGAGAUGGAACGAACCAUUCUACCGAUAAUUUCAAGCUCAGGUAUACAGUAA